GGAGAAACUGUUUAAAUAUUUGAUCCAUGAUUUGUGAAUUGUAAAAUUUUAAAAUAUUUAAUUAAAUACAGUGAAUUCAAUUGGUUCUGAUUAUUUUUGUUGAAUUAAAAGUUUGUGUAAUUAAAAUGGACAGUGAAAAUGAUGAGGAAUAUCAGAGAAUAGAAAGUAAAAAGGAAUUGAGAGCAAAGAAAUUGGGAUAUAAACCGCAAAGUGAAUUAUUUUGUAAUUUCUAUCUGCCUUAUGCUGCUGAUGAAAGUAUUUUGGACAAAGAAAGCCAUAAAAAUAUUGAGUACAUCAAGCAGAAUUUGGGAUUAUGUGUGGCUCUUCGAGAAAUCUAUCCCUCAAUGCUUUUUAUAAGUAAAUUGAUGAACUAUAUCAAGCUAUAUGGAUAUAAAUUUUCAAAAGACGAUCACAUCCAGUUCAUCAAAUUAUUGCUGAAUUUCAUUCAAAUAAAAAAUUUGGAUCCUUCAAAACUAAACAAAUGCUGUUCUUGCUUGAUACAAUUAUUAAGGAAAUCUCAUUUGUUAUCACCAGAAGACUUGGAAAUUGAUUGGAGACCGCUGUAUAAUUUAUGCAGAUUAUAUAUAGAUAAACGUAGUUCGAAAGGAGAUUUAAUAAGAUCCUAUCCGACAUUAGACCAAGUUAUCAUGCAAACUGUUAGGUUUUCGUCAUAUUAUUUUCCAAAAUUAGCAAAUCAAGAGAUUAUUGAUGAACUUCUUCCUAAUGUUCUGCCAUUGGAUAUUGGGAAAGUAGAUUCGGCAAUGGAAUUGUUAUGUUUAUUCAUCAACUCAAGUCAUUAUGAGGGUUGGUUUGACUAUUUAAUGGAAAUAUGGAACAUUUAUCAUUAUCCGAGUUGGAACGUUGAUAUAAUGAAUACAAUUGCAGCAACAGCUUCGCAGAAUAUUGGAUACAUCUAUUGGACGCCACAUAUACCUAUCAUGUUUACACGAAUUAUGCGAUCUUUGGAACUUCCUGUUAGCUACAAACAAAUAAAAAGUUCAAGGAAUCAAUCACUUUCAAUGGAUGCAUGCGCCACUUGGAUUAUAUCUGUGAUAUGUCCCCAAUAUGAUACAAUGAAAUAUUUAAAAAAUUUAUUUUCUACAAUUGAAAGCUAUUUGAAUCCAGCUAACUCAGGAAAAUGGGUAAAAGUCAUUUCGGAAUUGCUUGUUAAUUUAGUCCAAUAUUUUCAAGAUCGUCUGGUUAGUGAACGAUAUAAGAAGCAUUCGUGGAAAAAACAAAUUCCUGAUGAUUGCAAAUUGCGGAAUGAAGACGUAACUGAAUUUGUUGAGACUUUUAAGCCCAUAGCAAUGACUAUAAUUUAUUCUCGAAUGCAAUCUUAUGAUAUAACAAAAAUUAUAAAAGGCCUUGCUGAUUUACGUCCUGAACUAAUAUUGCCUGAGAUAAUCGAAAAAGUAUCGACAACAGCUGAACUCAUCAAUGAACCAAACAAAUUUACAGCAGCAUUAAACUGCUUAUCGAGCGUUGCGUCUGCAAUUGUUACAAACAAAAAGUAUUGCACAUCUACAAAGACAGAACUUAUUCCCAUAAUGUUUUCAAUUCUUCCUGGAAUUGAUUCAAAUGAUUUUAAAAAGACAUCAAUUACUUUGCACUUUUUAAUGACUGUUUCAUUUUUAAUUCCAUUCGUUGAUUGCUCAAAAGCCUCACUUGUUCUUGAUGACUUAACUGAAGAUGAAAUAUUAAUUAGUGAACAAACAGCACAAUUUGAGGAUUUUAUUUUGCAAUUUAUCGACCGAAUUUUUGUUUUAAUUGAAAGUUCUUCUGUUGAGAAUAUUAGAAUGGAACAUGCCUCAAACGGCGAUAAUGAGGUCAAAUCUAAAUUGGAGUCGCUUGCUGAAAUUUUAAUCCAAAAUACAAGCCAUUCAAUUCUGAGCCAAUGUUCUCAAGAUAUUCUACGUUCAGCAACUAAGAAAAUAAUUAAUUAUGUCAAAAAUAAUGCAUUGGAACCGAGAGUGGCGGGAACAGCAAUGAGUAUUUUGUGUAAAGUCUUUGCUCGUGUUAAUCCAAAAGAAAUUUAUCACGCCUUGAUUCCAUUCAUAGUUGAAAUGAUUGAAACACAUUUCAAUGAAAUUGAUGAUGCCUACUGCAUUGAGAAACAAAACGACGACUUUCUAUAUUACGUUCAAAUUUUAUCCAAUUUGAUACGCGGUGAUCCUAUUGAAAUCCAGCAAUACAUUGACACACUCUUCCCAAUAAUUGACAAACUAUUGAAAUGCAAAUGUAAAGCCACAAAUCGCAAUGGAGCAAAUAUGAUUGGAAGCUUGUUGAAUAUUUUAUCAGUAAUUCAAAUUAAUGAUGUUAAAACUGUACCAGAAGCAUAUGAAAAGUCUUUAAAAGAAUUCUUUCCGAUAAGAUUUUGGGGAAGAAAAAUGAAUCGAGAUGAGAAAUUUGAUUGGUUUGUUCCGUCUGAAAAUGAACGCAAGCUUUGUGAAAAGAUCAUUCAUUAUUAUUUACUGCCAAUUCUGGAUAAAUUAGAAAAAUACACAAAUGGAUCUCUUGAUAUUAGCAGAGACGAUAUGCUGCUCAAUUUAUUCAUCAUCAGCUCUAUUUUAAAAUGUAACAAUUUCUUAGAUAAUUGGGAAGAGGAACCAAUAAAGUUGGUUGAAUGUUUGACUGCUGUUUGGAAGCCAUUUAAGUUAGCUCUUGGUUAUGAAAAUUUAUGCGUCAAGAUGCCUGAUCAAUCAAAUGUUAGAAAGACAAUUGUUAAUAUGCUCGAGAAGUUACAAGCAAAACUUCUUAAAGACAGCGAAGAUGACAUAAAAUCCUUUAGACAGUUAAUUAGUAUUUGGGAAAAGAUUCAUAUUAAAAUGAAUAGUUCUCAGAGCUAUGACUCGCAGAUGAAAAACUAUCAACUUUCUAAGCAAUUCCAGGAUUUUAAGUUGUGCAAAGUUCGGAAAGACAUUCGAGCAAUUAAUGCAACCCGAGUCAUUGUGCAGCAUGACCUGAGAGAUGAGUUAACAAAGCCAUCAUUCACACCAACUCAUCGACGUAUAAUGUUAAAUUUAAUAACUUUGGGUACAAGUCAUUACUCAAUUAUACGAUCAUUAGCACAAUCUAAGUUAUUUAAGAUGUUGACAACAUAUUCGUUCUCAUAUAAAAGCGUUGUCGACAAUAUAGUAGAAUUUUUAAAGUUAGAUCCGAAUGAAAAUCAUGAGAGCUUUAAAGGAGCUUUAUAUUUGAUUGGAACAAAUCGUCGUAGUCGAUUAAUGUUAAGAUCAGAUUGGGAAACAAUCGAAAAAUUAUGGCUAACGUUUCUAAAGACAAAGUUGAGUGAGAAGCACUCGAUUAUUAGACUGAUGGAGUCAAUAACUGAUGGCGUGAACAAUGAAUUUCAGACAAUUUCAACACAAUUGUUUGUGGAUGAAGAAUUUGCCAAAUUUGGAGCAAGUUUAAUGGUCGAUCAAAGUAAAUUACCAAAAGAUUAUUUGUUGGUCGGAAAUAAGAAGCUUCAAAUGUUGAAUGAGAAGAAUGAACAAUGCUAUCAAAAGUUGUUGAAUGAAAUUUUAAAAUAUUCUCAAGAAAAUUCACUACACUGGAGGUAUAAUCUUCUCUGUGGUACAUUUGUUAAUGAUUUGAUGCACCCAUUUUCAAAAUAUCCUGUUUUUGUGUCAGAAAUUUACUGUAAAAAUUUAAUCAACGAAUCAAUUAGCGAGAGAAUGCUCGCUCUAAAAAUAGUAAGUACUGUUUUAAAGCAACAGAAACGCGAUCAUGUUAAAGUUACAAUCGAUCCAUAUCAACACACAAUUAUGGACAGAAAUGAAAUAAGCGGAAUUUGCAAACCUGGGCUAAGACAUGACAAUAAAUGGCUGCAAUACGAUAUUAAUUCAGUGCCAAAAAAUCAAGAAGAAUGGGAUGAGCCUCGUUAUAUAUAUAAAAUUAAUGGAUUCUUUGGAUGGACACCAAAAGUUGAAGUUUAUGCACCAAACUCAAUGCAGCCAAUAUUAGAUCGAUCAUAUAAUGAAUUGAGUGAUCACGAAAAGGUCUUUUAUAGUUUCUUUAAGGAUCCGAAUAAUUUAGAGAAAUUAAUUUAUUAUUGGAGUUUAGAGGAAAAGAAAGGAAAUGAAAAGUUCCAUCGAUCCAGAUUCUUUUUUAUCAAGCAGAUUUUCGACAUUUUUGGAGAUACUUUCCUUGAUGAUUUUCUGAGUUAUAUUGAGCCUUUGAUUAAGAAUCAAACAAGUGAAAGUUCUCAUCGUUGUGCUGCAGAAAUUUUGACAGGAAUGAUGCGCGGAGCUAAACAUUGGAAUUAUGAAAAGACUAAAAACUUAUAUGACAAAAUAACACCAUUAAUCAAAUUAGCUUUGGAUAAUAUCACACCGGAAAGUGACUCGAUUUGGGGAUGUGCAUUCGCCACAGCUUCAGAAAAUAUGGAUCCAAAUAAACAAUAUUUCCUCCACGAAAUCUUAUUGGAUAAUCCUAUUAGAGAUUUAAAAAGUUUUACAGAUUGCUCUCGUCUUUAUUGUUUACAAGGUGCUUUUAAUCAGCAUGCAUGGAGAAUGAUAAGUGUUGGACGUCGACUUUUGAACUAUCUUGAUCCAUUUUUAAAUCAUCCAUUUCAAAAUGUCAGAGAUAGAAUUGGAAGUACAUUGAUUAAUAUUUUUGAAAAUGAUCUUAAUUUUGAGGAAUAUAAGAAAGGGCUGAUUCCAAGAGUAAAGGAUUUCCUCACUAAUAAGCAAAAUGAAAUUUCGAUUAUGGAAAAUGACGAAAACUCAAACCAUGUUAUAGAAACAAACACCCCAUAUGCAUCAUCGAUUCGAUUUUUUAAAACAAUUUCUCAGUUCUUAAUUGGCGUUCUUAAUAGGUCAACUAAUGGAAAUGAAUCUAUCUAUACAAUCCUCUUACCCGUUGCUAUUCGUCUUGAAAAAUGUGAAUACGAUGUUGAGUUGGCUGAAGUUUGUACUGCCAUUUUAGCAUUGAUAGCACAAGCUUUUACUCAACCAUCUCGUAUGAAUGAUUAUAUAAUGAAAAUUGAGGAAGUAUCUCAACAUUCGUCUUGGCAAUGCCGUUUAUCAGCUAUAGACAUUUUACAAGUUCUUACAUUUAAUAAUAUGCCUAUUGUUUUGAGUCAAAAAAUUUGGGUCGAACAAAUUCAAUCAAUAGUUUUAAGAUUACUUGAAGACAAUAUGCUGGAAGUUCGAGUAAAGGCUGCUGAGGUUCUUGGAGGAUUAAUUCAUUGCUCGUUCUUACCAGCAACUGAUAAAUUAUUAGAAUUAUUCAAGAAAAAAUGUCAGACAAAAAUUGUUAAAAGAUCUACAGUGUGCUCUCUUGAGCCAAACAUUAGAGUUCGUCAUUCUGGAGUUUUGGGACUAUGUGCCUUCAUUUCAGCAUUUCCCUACGAGAUUCCAAGUUUUGUACCAAAUGUUUUUGAAAUCCUUCAUAGACAUCUCGAUGAUCCUCAACCAAUUCCAGCAACAAUUAGAAAGACACUUGCUGAUUUUAAACGAACUCAUCAUGACGGAUGGGACUUUCAUCAAUUGAAAUUUACAGAAUCGCAAUUGGCUGUUUUAAGUGAUUUAUCUGUUCCACCCAGCUAUUUUAAUUAAAUUUAUUCAAGAUUAUUUUUUAUAUUUCAUAGUAAAUGAGAAAUUUAUGCAGGUUUUGGUAUUGUAAAAUGGUUAUAGAAAUUUUUAAAAAUUCAAUUAUUUUAUUCUUCUUAA